AUGGAUUUCGCUGAUAUUAUUAAAGAACUUUUAAAUGAAAAAGUGCAAGAGACUUCUAGUGAUAAUUUGUCUUGGACAACCUUAUGCAAAAGUCUAUUACAAGAAGAAAGACAUGACACGUCAACUUUAAGUGAAUUAUCAAAUCACCUAAAUGAAUGUAUAUUAUCUUUAAUUAAUUCGAAACCAAAUAAGAAUUCUCGUUUUAUUAAGGGAAUUCUAGAACGACCUUUUUAUCUGGCAUUUGUCGAAAUGCUCAAAAAUUGUUUUGAAAAUAAUGGUGAAUUUCCACAAAGUGUAAAGACUAGUCAAGUACACAUGCUUGAAAAUGUUAAUUUAGCGAGAAUGAAAGAAAUUGAGGAAGAAAUGAAACGUAUUAUCAAUUCAUGGAAUGGAUUUCCUCUCUUUUUAAUCAUCAAAGAUUAUAACACAUUCUUGGGACUUCGUACAACUCUUGGAUCCGCAACACAAUCACCACCAUCAUUAAUUGAAUGCAUAAAUUCCUUUACUCUCCGUCAUGUAAAAUCUAAUGCUAAAUCGAAUCGUUCAAAUAUUUCUAACACUCUUACAGUUGGGGCCAAGGCCUUUUCUAAACACUGUCAUAGAGAUAUAUCAAGAUCUUUUUGGGGAAUUUGUAGCGGAACCGAAAAACAGAAAAACGAGCAAGCAAAUCAAAUAUUGGCAAAAAUUAUAGCAAAUGCAGCUUGGGUUAACUUGCAUUCACUUCCGCAUGAUACACGUGUUUUUGAAGUACGCACCUCUGAUGGAUAUGGUGCACGUUGGGAAAUUUGGGAACCAAAGCAAAUGCAGUCAUAUGAUGAUAGCAAAGAAAACAAUGAUGAUGAUAGUAAUGAACCAAAAAUUAUAUUUCGGGGAUUUUUGGAACCUCAAAUGGUGGAUGGGCAUUCUAAAGGAUGGAUACAUUAA